AUGCCAGUCACCGGCUUCAGUCAUUUGCAUGAUUCUGGGACCGGAGGGGGAACGAGCUUGGGGAACUUCCCCAUCUUUCCACAGACUGGGUGCGCCGGCGACGACCUGAACAGGUGCUACUUUCCCAAAGCCCUCAGGGCUAGCCAGAAAAUCAACAGCACGGUCAAGGCGAGCCCAGGAUACUUUGCAGUUUCUCUCAACACGUCUAUCCACGCCGAGAUGACCGUUUCCAACCGCACCGCCCUUUACCGGUUCACAUUUCCCGGGCAGGCCAAGAACAUGAGCACAGGCGCGCAGCCAGCCCCGGACCUACCUUACAAACCACUUAUCCUGGCUGACUUGACCGAUCUUCCCGGGUCGCGGAGCAAUGCCUCCAUCAGCGUCGAUCCCUCUACCGGCCGAAUCACCGGCAACGGGACCUUCAAUCCUUCGUUUGGCGUCGGCACAUAUACUACGCAUUUUUGCGCAGACUUCAGUGGUGCAGCGCUCCAAGAUACUGGCGUCUUCAUGAACAACAGGGCUGGAAACGACCCAAAAAGUUUGCAGAUAUACCCCGAUGGUGUCAGCUCCCCGCCGGUUCCAGCUGGGGCCUGGGUCCAGUUCCAGGCGCCCGCCAACGACCAAAUCCUUGUCAGGGUCGGCGUGUCGUUCAUUAGUGUGGCUCAAGCUUGCAGCAACGCGGAGCGAGAAAUACCCAAUUUUGACUUCAACGCAACUUUGUUGGCAGCACAGGCUGCAUGGCGUCAAAAACUUGGAGUCAUCGCUAUCGAUAGCGGAAACGUCGACAAGUCUCUCCAGACUGUAUUCUGGUCUGGCGUUUACCGGUCGCUGAUCUCACCGCAAGAUUACACGGGCGAAAAUCCGCUCUGGCAAAGCACGGAACCGUACUACGACUCGUAUUAUUGCAUUUGGGACUCCUUCCGGAGCGUCCACCCGCUGAUCACGAUCCUUGACCCACAUAGCCAGACACUGAUGAUCAGGUCGCUGUUGGAUACUUACCGACACGAGGGCUACCUCCCGGACUGUCGUAUGAGCUUCUGCAAGGGAUACACACAGGGCGGCAGCAAUGCGGACGUUGUUAUCGUUGACGCGUUCGUCAAAAGACAAGGCCUUGGCGGGGGCAUUGACUGGGCGACUGCCUAUGAAGCCAUUGUCAAGGACGCUGAAGUACAGCCUCCUGUGUGGACCGUCGAGGGCCGAGGCGGCCUCAAGAGCUGGAAGACACUGGGAUACAUCCCCGCCGAUGACUUCGAUCCCCACGGCGUCGGACUGUUUACUCGCUCCAUCUCGCGCACCGUUGAGUACGGAUACAACGACUUUUGCAUCGCUCUCAUGGCCGGCCUGACGAACAAGCCUGAGGAUGCCGAAAUCUACCAUCAAAGAUCCAACAACUGGCUCAACCUCUUCAAGCCAGACCAGACCUCGAUCCUAAACACCUCCCUCGGCCUCAUAGACAGCGGCUGGAUGGGCUGGCUCCAGCCAAAGUACCUCAACGGCACCUUUGGGUUCCAGGACCCGAGCCUCUGCCAGCCCAUCCAAAACUUCACCUCGUGCUACCUCAACAGCAACGGCCACGAGACGUACGAGGGCGGCAGCUGGCUCUACACCUUCCUCGCCGCCCCGCACGACAUGGCGACCCUCAUCAAGGCCAUGGGCGGGCCCGAGGCCUUUGUCCGGCGGCUCGAGUACUUCCACAAGACGCCCGACCUGUUGUACCUAGGCGACGAGCAGGCCUUCCUGCUCGUGUACCUGUUCCACUACGCGGGGCGGCCGGGGCUGAGUGCCGAGCACGCGCACCGCUACAUACCCUCGCAGUUCAACGACACCGUGUCCGGCAUCCCCGGCAACGACGACAGCGGCGCCAUGGGCGCCUUCAGCACCCUCGCCAUGAUGGGGCUGUACCCCGUCGGCGGCCAGGACGUGUACCUGAUCACGCCGCCCUUCUUCCCCGAGGUCAACGUCACCAGCGCCGUCACGGGCAGGACGGCGACGGUGCGGGCCGUCGGCCUGGACGCCGGGUACGAAAACAUCUACGUGCAGCGCGCGACGCUCAACGGCGCCCCUUAUAGCCGGAGCUGGAUCACGCACGGCUUCUUCGCCGAGGGGGGCGUCUUGGAGCUGGUGCUGGGCCCAGUGGAGAGCACGUCGUGGGGCACCGGCGACGAGGAUAUCCCGCCCAGUUCCUCAGCAACCCUACGCAUUUGA